CGCUCAGCUCAGUUGCCGAAAGAAAGUCCGACGAGUCGUGACCGACCGGGAGCCGCGAGGAAAAUCUAAAAAAAACUCUAUUUAAAAACACCAACUCCAGCUUGGAUUUUGUUGGAUUCGAAGUCGGAGUUGCUGAAACGCCGCCAAUGAAAGUUGUGUUUAUGUUCGCGUCGAUUUCGGAAUUUCUGUUUGGAAAAACGCCACUUCUUCGUAGAGUUUAGUUCGCGUUUUGUCUACCGCUCGAAAUGUGCAAUUUGUUUUGGCUUUCUGCCUGUUUUCUGGCGAUCUGGAUGCCCUUCGCCCUCGGAGAUUCCAAUGCCACAAGUGUUGAGAGGGAGCCAAAAACUGAGCCAAAAAUAGAAGUGGUGCCUGCGGCGGAGAAACUGAUUCGAUACCGGCGACAGCCACCGUUUGCCGUGAUUAAACGCUCCAAGUUGCGCAGGCGGACCAAAGGCCCGCCAAAGAUUAAAUAUGGACCACCACCGCCCCACAUCCGCUACGCGAAACCCUCGUUUCCGUCGCAUCUCGAGGAGCCGAGCUUUUCCCUGGACGACUUUCAGCACCUGAAGUUCGAUGGUGCGGACUUCAAGAUACCCACUUCGAGUUACGAGGCUCAGUCCAUGGAUCUGGACUUCUAUAACCACGACUCGGAACCGGAUCACUAUGGAGCGCACAAGUUCCCCAGCCUGGACUUCGGACUGGUGACCACCCACGAGCACGUUCCCCACGAGAAGUACGGAGUGCCACCGGUUCACCAGGGUUUCCAGCCGGAUCACUCGUUUGCCACCCACUAUGAGCCACCUCCUGCAUCGCCCGUUCACAUACCAUCCACCCGCUAUGGAGUCCCCUCGGCUCCGGCUCACGUCCCCAACUUUUCGCAUCAGGACCUUCCAGCUCCCGAUUCCUUUUCCAUUUACGAGCAGAAGAUUCCCAAUGCGGGCUACCACCAGAACUUUGCCGAGCCACCCAAGAAGCCACCCAAACAUGCUUCUCAUCAUAAUCCCAACUACGAGAUCGCCUAUUCCCCGCCAGCUUUCGAGAUAAGCACUUCCUACCAGUCCAAUCAUCAGCAGAGCUAUGUGCCGCCUCAUCCUUCGCAACCCCAUGAGGGAUUCGCAGAGCCUCCCUCCAAUAAUUAUGUCAAGCCUGCCCACCAUCCUCCGCCGAAUAGCUACGCUCCCCCUCCACAUCCUUCUUCCAGUUAUGGUCAGCCGGCACAGCAUCCUCCGUCCAAUUAUAAUCAGCCAGCGCAUCAUCCAUCUCCUUCUUACAAUCAACCUCCUCAGCAUCCCUCAUCCAGUUAUGAUCAUGCUCCUCAACAUCCUUCAUCCACUUAUGAUCAGCCCCCUCAACAUCCUUCUUCCACUUACGAUCAACCCCCUCAGCAUCCUUCAUCCACUUACGAUCAACCUCCACAACAUCCCUCCUCCAGCUAUGACCAACCACCCCAGGAUCACCCAAACAGUUACCAGCAUCCUCCUUCAUCGACCUACGACCAAGCACCCCAGCAUCCUCCCACAAACUACGUGUCGUCCGAUUCGCACUCCUAUCCGCAGGAUGAUUACGCUCCACCUUCGGAGGAGUUGCCCUUGAAUCCCCAUCACAAGUUCCCUAGCUUCGAUUUUCCGAAGUCCAGCUACGAAGUGCCCAUCUACGAUCCGGUGCCCUUCGAAGCCUCCAAUCGAGAUGAGCAGGAAUCGUAUCCACCCAUUCUGGCAUCCUCUCCCGAUCAGAAUGAAAUACCCUCGGAUGCCCAGCCGUCUGGCAGUUCCAAGCGGCGGAAGAGGAAGCGAAAGCCAAGCAAUGGAAUUGUCCCAGGGAAACACACCCUGGAUGUUCCUGAGCUCCAGCAGGCCUACGAUGCGGAUAGCCACUUGCGGAAACCGAAUGAAAGUGCGGAUACGGAUGCGAACAGUUCACACUUUGUGGAGAGGAAGCAGACCAUCAACUUUGUCACGCCUCCACCGACAACUUCCACUACUCCGGCACCUUGGAGUCCGAUGAAGGGCAGGAGCAGCCCGACUCGCGCUCCAUUCAUUCCCACCGUUAUCACCAGCACUCCAGUUACGCCCACGACUGCUAGGAGCAGGAGUCGUGGAUCAUCCCGAUACCGCUCAAAGUCGCAGCAGCCCGUGAACCCAAGUUCACCCGAUCCGACCACCACCAGCGUAAGGAUCGAACAAUCCCACUCGCAGAGCUACUACGAUGGAACCAUUGCUCCACCCACCAGGCAGCCCUUUUCACCCACAAUUGGAGGACGUGGCGCGCGACCCACUCGUCCAAGUUACGUGAGGAAUCACGGACCGGUUUCCCCUCUAGCCUUGCAGCCGGGAGAUCCUGGAAGAGGUGCACCCACAUCCAAAAGAACCACCAAGGGCGUCUUUGACACCACCCUGUUUAAAACUCCCCAAAGCGAUAGAGAGAUCGAGCGGAAUCUCCACGGGCUGCGUCAGAACUUGCCAAAAAACCACAAACUAUACUGAAUUCUUAUAUGAAUUAAAAGGAGGCAUAGCUUAAAGACUUGGUUAACUAAUACUUAGACUCUAGCAGUAAGUUAUUAAGUUUAAUUCCCCACUAGACUUUGAAUGUUAAAUAAAUUGAAUAAACUUUAUAGUUAUCGGACGA